GUUAACUCCAAAACUUGGGGAUUUCCGCGAUGGUUAUGGCGAUAACCACGAAAUCGGACAUAAACAUGUAAUUCAUUUUGAUACGAUUAAGGUUUUUUUUUUGUUGUUAGAAUAAAUAUAUAAUUUAUACAGUAGGAAGCUGUUGGAGCCUACUGUACAUCGCUGCAGUUGUUCCACCAAGUGGUUCGGAAGGCCGAAAACGUGCUAACGGAUCUGUCAAGACUGGGUAGGCUACAGCGAUUCAAAUGACGCCUAUAACUUAUUCUGCUGGUUUAUUAACCCAUUGACAGAAACAGAUUCACAAAACUGUAAUCGGACGUUAACGAAGUUGUGAGUUGUCGGUAAGUGUUUUUGCGAUGACGCUCUAAUUUUUUUGUUAAAUGUUUGGGACUUGCCCAUUUAAUGUUGCCUUUGAGGUGACCGGUGAUCUCAUCGGAAACAAAGACUAACUUAUUCAAGGCGGAGUAGGCAAGAACUGGGAACAAGUUGGAACAAGGCUAACAUUAGCCUACUUGAACAGUUUUCGGAAACUUUUGACACGUAUUAAUAUGUCUGGGAUUCAACAUGCCUCCAAUCAGAGCAUCAAGGCUUUUAAAUCAAGUGAAGAGUAUCUGUAUGCAAUGAAAGAAGAUUUGGCAGAAUGGUUAAAAGACUUGUACAACAUCGACAUUGAUGUGAACAACAUCCUUGAAGUUCUGGAGACAGGGGCCAUCCUCUGCAAUCACGCAAAUAAUGUGACAAAGGUAGCAGACGACUUUCUUCGCAUGUAUGGACGGAUUCCGGGAAUUCAGUUGCCAUCAUCUGGAGUUACAUGCAUUAACUCCGCACAACCAUCAACUUUUCUCGCUCGAGACAACAUAUCCAAUUUCAUAAAUUGGUGUCGCAAACAGAUGGAUAUUCAAGAGGUCUUGAUGUUUGAGACAGAUGACCUUGUGCUGCGGAAGAAUGAAAAGAACUUUGUUCUUUGCCUGCUUGAAGUGGCACGACGGGCAUCUCGCUUCGGGAUGGCAGCCCCGGUCCUUAUCCAACUGGAGCAGGAGAUUGAGGAAGAGAUUAGGGAGGAAAUGGACUUGCCCAUGGAGCAGACUCCUCUGCCCAAACCCCAGAGGCGUUUAGCUAACAUCCAGAAUCUUGAUGAGAUGGUCAGAGGCCUAAUAAGCCGAUGUACAUGCCCUACCCAGUUUCCCAUGAUCAAGGUUUCAGAGGGAAAAUACAAAGUGGGAGACUCGAACACCCUUAUAUUUGUACGGAUCUUGCGGAAUCAUGUGAUGGUGCGAGUGGGUGGGGGAUGGGAUACCUUGGAGCACUAUCUGGACAAACACGACCCUUGCCGCUGCACGUCUCUCAGCCACAAGCUGGCCCAGCGCCCAGCCACCCCAGUGCAGCACGAGAUCAAGACCCGCUUAGGCCCGGUUAGGGCGGACGGUCCGGCCGGAACCCCAGCGACGCUGCUGCUCAGCCGGGCUCAGUCCCCGCUGCAGCCCGUCGUCUGGAGCUCCCCCGGCGGCUCCGCCCGAGGCCUGAGGCCCGGUCCCAGUCCUGGUCCCGGUGGCGUUUCCGGUCCUGCUCCGAGCCCCUCCCGCUCCCCUGACCCUGGGCCGCGGCAGCCGAGAGGCACCUCCACCGGCAGAUCACGUGGAAGAGCGUCCACACCCGUACGCAGACGUCUGUCGUCUGAAAGCAGAGACGACUCGGGUCUCGACGCGAGCACGAGGACGGGCCGAGAGGCCGUGCGCACGUCUCGGACGCCGAGACACACCAGCAGCUUGCCUCGCACGGCGUUUAGCCCUGCGGUCAACCGCGAGUCGCCACGGCCGCUGACCCCGCACGCUGUCGGCACCGCGAAGAGCCCGGGCGUCCAGCACAUCACCGACGCCAGGCUAAAUCAAACCGUCACCAAAUCUCAGUUCGUCACGAAGCUUCGUCAGAGUGCAGCUAGCAGUGAGCUAAAACCUGGGGACGGCCAAAACACGUCCGACAGACAGAGGACACCAGGGCCAGUGAGAGCUUAUACACCUGUUCAACAGCCAACCCCACAAAAUAUUCCCUCUAUCAUCAAACACACUGGCUCUGAAAACUGUCAUAACUCACAGAGGUCCUCCAGCAGUUGUAGUUCAACUAAAGGACAGACUGUCGCUAGCGAUGGAUUGCCUCCAAGACCCUCUGCACAACUCAGGAAGAGCCUGCCUGGUAGUUUAGGAGAGAAUACUCUUCAAAAGAGACUUGUACCCGAUGAGCAGACGAGAGGCACACCAAACACUGUUACACACAGAAACGGACAGCAUAGACGGAGUACGGCAAAACAGACUGUGUUAACUCCUGCAAUUACGGUUGAGGCCUUACUCAACGACCAAAACAGCCAGCAGAGAUCAAAUAUACCAAAUACACACAUGAGCACGGGAGAGCAACGUCCGGGUGGCCGUGGAGGGCUGGCGAGAAGCUGUCUCUUUACCCCACCGCCUAUCAGUGCUGACCAGGAGGCCACCCUCUAUCAGAGCCUGGAGCACGAGAUCCUCUCUAAUCUGCAGCAGCUGGGAUUCAGCUUGGAUUCUGAUGACUGCAGCAGCAGCAGCUGCAGCGGCACGGCGGGGGAGAACGACAGUCAGCACUCCUCGCUGGGUCGACAGGCCGCCCAAGAGUUCUCCCGGCAGCCACCCACGGGCUCGGCGCUCCCGGGUGAUUCGUCGUCUCGCCCGCAGCAAGAACGAGCGCCUCUCGCGUCCUCUUCCUCGGCGGCACCCGGUUCCCGCUCCGGCUCGAAGGACCUCCUCGGCGUUGACGGCGUGAUGGACGAGCUGCGGCACGGCAGGCGGCCCCUGGAGAAGGUGUCGGUGGAGCGCUGGGUGAACACGCUGCCCUUCAGCUCCCGCAGGAGCCAGCCAGUGGCCGUCGCCGCCGUCUCAGCCGUCUCUGCUACCACGCCGGAGGCAGACCCGUCCCCUCCCAAGUCCAGCCAGUCCUGCGUCGCCGGUUCCUGGUCCUCCAUGGGCUCCAGUCUGGAAUCGAAGGAGAGGCCAGAGGUUGUGAGCGCGCCAGCCAUGAGUCCGGCUACGGACGCCGGCGAGGUCGCCAGGGACUCCGACAGACAGAGGCGACCCCGGUCGGCGUCCUUCAGGCAACAGAGGAGGUCGCUGAAGAAACCGGAGAGGGUGCCGUCCAUCUACAAGCUCAAAUUGAAGCCCCACAUACGUCCCAGGCAAGACAACCGGCCCGAUCGCAAGCCGUCAAAGAUCCCCAAACCCAUAUCCUCCCGGCGGAGCAGGGAAAGCGAAGAGGCGGGACUGGCCAAUGAUCGCACAGACAAUGGGCUAUCAUGUGAGAGGAACCACAGGGCCAGCGGCAGACCACUCAGAAACAGAUUGACGGACCUCAAUUCCAGGAGCAUCGGUCAGGCCUCUCCACAUGAGGGUACACAGUGUCCAGCAGAUGAGCUGGAGUCCUGGGUCUGAACGUUUGCAUCUUUCUACAUUUGUAUCCAACACUCUUCAUUUUGUACUGAUAUAAAAAAAAAAAAAAAAUCACUCAGGUGAGAUCCUGUCAACUGCUGAUGCUGAUGUUUUUGUACCUGAAAAAGACACGAGUCGAGUAGAUACUUACAGAACAAGCUGUAGCACAUAAAUAAUGUAAGCAAGGUAAAUGGAUUAUCUGCCAAUUUGCACAGGUUUCAUGUUCACAUGCAGUGUCAUGCAAGAAAUGCCACCUCUCAGUAUCAUUGCGUGAUACCAUUUUUUUUGACACAAUGUAAUUGCUUUCCCCUCCUUUUCCUCCUUUUUUCCACCAAAAAAAACCCCCACACAAACAAAUAACCCUUAGAAGAUUAUGAAAACAUAAAUACAGUCUGUCUGGCACAACUCUGCGUGGUGACAGCAUUGCUAUGCUGGGGAGAGUCUGCUUUCAUCAAGCCUCCCUUUUACCUGGCGAAGCAGCAUCAAAGCACAAGGGAAGGAGAGAGAGGAAGGAAAGAGAGGAUGUGAGACCUUAUUACCGGUCACAGCCAGGCGGCAUGUGGCUCUUAGAGCGCAGCCAGGACCACGGAGGAAUCUGCUCUACAGAGGCAGAAUAUGUCGCUUUGCCCUGCCUUUUAUGUUUUUUUUUUUAUCUGAGCAUAUGCUGGUGUGUGAAAUAAGAACUGUAAAUCUUUCAUUUUUGUCCCUCCUCUCUGUUCCUCAAACACAAUCACUUGUCAACGUAAUCACAGGGCCAGCUCUGUUUCAACAAAGGCCAAUAUGUCUCUGGUGGGGGGGUGAUUACUCAGAAAAUGUAUGCCAUAUGUCUA